CUUCCCAGUUGCCCCACUUCCCCAGCCCAUAAAGCGCUUCUCCACCCCACCUUUCCUCCUCCUCAUCCUCCCCCUCCCUGCAGCCCCACCACUGAUUACCUCGGGCUUUGAGGCUAAUGCCCAACACCUGACCAGCUUAUUCCUUGAGUAUAUUAUCAGCUUAAAGACCAAAGACAUCUGCUUCCCGCUCCCUCCCAGAGAGCCAAAGGAGUCUUCAAGCCUGGAUCAGGACAGUGAGUGCCCAGUCAGCAGCAUCUCCUCUUGGAUGGAUCUCUGAGCAUCUCCACCGCUGAGAGGGGCAGCCCCUCAUUCCCUGAGGGCAAAAUGGCUCAGGACAUGACAGAGAAGGAGCUGCUGAAGAUGGAGCUGGAUCAGCUGAAGAAGGAGGUGAAGAACGAGAGGCAAAUGAUCUCCAAGACCGGCAAGGAGCUCAAGGAGUACAUCGAGUCCAUGGCGGGUGAGGACCCACUGCUGAAGGGAGUCCCCGAGGACAAGAACCCCUUCAAGGAGAAGGGCGGUUGUACGAUAAGUUGACACCCUGCUGCUGGCACUGCCGGGCACAGGGAUAUUCCCGCAUGCAAGCCAAGACUGUCAGAAACCUGCUUGCCCUGUAGUCAGCGUUGGGGAGUCCAGAACCAAAGCAUAGUGCACCCAAACAAUGGCAAAAGACUAAAAAAGGGGAAAAAAACAACCCAGAAGAAAAUCCCCCCCCUGCCACCGGAGAUGAGGCUCAGCAGCCGAUGCAGCGAAUGCUUUGCUGCUCUCACGGCUGAUUUACAUUUGGUUUCCUGCAAGUGAAACCUCUGCAUUUUUAGCAGCCAGCGGCAAACCGGGCUUUACUGAAACGGUGGGGCUGUGUCUGGUCGCGGGGCUGUGCCUGGCCUCAGCCCUCUCCAAGCAGCCCAGCCCCAAUACCGAGCUCCUGCGGUGCAGAAGAGCCUUACAGCAGGACUUUACUCAAGCCACCUCCUCUCGGUGCCUCAGUUUCCCCAUCGGGUACAGGAAUACAAUGUCCAUCCCACUGCUUUGCGGCUUCCAGGGUUCUGAAACAUUAUUCUCUUUAUUCCUACGCAUCCCCUACCACUCCUACAGCCCAUGGCUUCCUCCCACCGUGUGCUCUGCAUCGAGAGGCAGCCAGUGGCCAGCACAGGGCUGGGUGGGCUUCACCCAGCACAGGGUAGGGCACAGGAAGGAGCAAGGCCCCAGGCAGCUUCUUCAAACCCUUGCUCCACCUCUAGGACUCGCUUCCUCCCCUGGAAAACCCCUGACAGCCGUGGGAAAGCAAACCCAGGGCUGUCGAGUCCUGCCUGUGACUGCGAUGACUCCGAGCGCUUUGCAGUCAGCUCCCCUCUGCUGCCCCGGCUGGGUGACGGACAGGGGGCCUGUGUAGUCUCAGCCCACCACAUCCCAUCAGUGAUGGGGAUGACGUGGAGGAGGCGGUUUUGUGGGGGAAGCAGCUUUCAACCCCUCUUGGAGCAGCGUUUCCCCACCUGCUGGCUCUCAUGGAUGGGGCAGCCCUGCUCAGCACCAGGCAGAUGGGUCCCUCGACACCUCAGAUGGGUGUUCUCAUCAAGGUCAGGUUGGAUGGGGCUCUGAGCAACGUGAUCAAGUUGAAGAUGUCCCCUGUCCUCACUGCAACGGAGUUGGACUGGACAACCUUCAUGCUCCCUUCCAAUACAAACCAUUGGAUCUAUGAUUCCCAGCUGAGGUCAGACACACGGCCAAGGCUGCUCCGCAGGCACAGGGCUCCCCACCGCCAGUCCCCCCGCUCCUGGCUGAAAAAGACAAAAAUAAAGGUGUUUUCGUCCUUUCCUGCAGACGCUAAAUAAACCCAUCAGCUCAACCACGGCCUCUGUCCU